CUGAACUGUGGUGAAGAUGCGGGUAGUAAUCAACUGUGACGAGUGCACACACACACGGAUACAUGCCUGCUGAGAUUGCUGUUGGUUUUCGCUAGAAACGGCCUUUGUUAAUCCAGCAGCCAAACAGCCUACUACUCGAUUGUUUUUGAUCCAGAAUCGCAGGCGUCCCAUGGAAAAUGCAUGCCGGCCUACUCCUAUUACAACUGCUAUUGUCGCUGUCGGGCAUAUCGAAUGGACGCGCUGCUCUUAGCUAUCUGAACAACCAACAGCCGCAGAACUGCGUGCAGCUGCCUGCGCCGGUUCUGUCCAACAUCCUCGGACCGGCGUACAACUCGCGCUACAUGAGCAUCGACAAGCCGCCCGUCAUGGACGAAGAACCGGCCACCGGCGACAUGGACGGAAAACGAGGCGCGUCGAGCGGGUUCUAUUCCGCCUUCUUCGUGGAUGACGACUACCUGGAGGAGGUCGGGAAUAGUCCAGCUUGGGCCGUAGACCACACCAAGGAUACGGCCAAUCAGCUCCGGAAGGGUCCUUUGAACAAACGAGAAGCUUUCGACUCGUUGCUGCACGAAAUCGGAUCCAAAAGUCGUUCAACUCGGAACGCUCGUCGGAACCAAAACGGCAGCGGAGCGUCACGACCGUGGCAAUGCGACGCCAAGAUCCGCUGGAUUGACCUGGGUGACGAAUACUACCCACGCUUCCUGCGUACCGUGGAAUGCGCCAAGACGCGCUGCUGGUAUGGCCAUUACCAGUGUACGCCGCGCUCCUUCACGGUGAAGUUGCUACGCAAACGCUCCGGACAGUGCGUUUCGGCCGACCAGCUGCACAAGAUCGGCGUCGAGGGACUCCCCGGAGAGCUCAGCGAACUCUGGGUUUGGGAGGAGCGUGCCGUCAACUUCUGCUGUGACUGUUCUCCACGGUUCUGAAACGGGACUUUUUUACCGAAACACCGACGAUGAAGAUUAAAUAAACGAUUUAGAAAAUGA